AUGAAGUCCUUUAUUCUUGCUGCCACGGCUGUGACGGCCGUUGCCGGUCGUAGUCUCCUUGAGCUGGGUCUCGACGUCGACCUGAGCAAGACUGUUGACAUUGGUCUCGGCCUCAGCGUUCACCUGCCCCAGGGCAUCAACGAGCAGGCUGUCACCGAGAACAAGCCCACUUCUGGGCCUCCUGCUGGCUAUGUUAACAUUUGGCAUCCGAGCCAUGGAAAUGUGGUGAUGGAUGGCUGCGAUGACGAAAGCAGCCAUGACUGGCAUUGGGUUCAUCCUUGUGGCGAUAACUGCAAUCCCAACCAGGCUGAUCAUGUCUGGAGCGUUAGCACUGUCAGCGUGACCUCGAUCCAUACCGUCAUUAGCUGUGCUCCCACCGUCACCAACUGCCCUGCCAAUGGCCACCACACCACCACGAUUGUCAUCCCUGAGACCACCACCUUCUGCCCUGUCGAGGCUUCCAAGACCGCCCACCCUAGCGGCGGCCCAUCCACCGGGGCGUACCCCCCGGCCGCUUCCUCGGCAGCUCCCUCUGCUCCUGUUGCGACCAACACCGCCGUCGUCACCCUGAGCACUCAGACUGUUCCGGCUCCCACCGGCCCUGCCGGCUACCCGGCUCCCUCCAACCCGGCUCCAGGCAACGGUGGCAGCUCGGUUCCUCCCGUUGUCCCCUCGGCCCCCGCCUCAGCUCCUGUUUACCCCGUGCCCGGUAACAGCUCGGUUCCGCUUUACACCGCUCCCUCCACCUCUGUCUUUACUCCUCCUACUCAGUCUUCUCCUGCCGGCUGCUCUGGCGACAACUGCUCCCCCUCUGCUCCCUCUGCUCCCGCUGCGCCUCCCGCCAACUCUGCUCCUCCCACCGCUCCCUCUUUCCCUGCUGAUGGCUGCAGCGGUGCCUACUGUGCUCCUCCUCCUGCCGGCACCGCUCCCGGCACCGCGGCCCCGGUCCCUACUGGAAACAGCACCACUCCCCUGCCAAUCAACGGUGCUGUUAGCCGUACCCAGGGCGUCAGCAUGGCUCUCUUUGGAGGUGUCAUUGCUGCUCUGUUCCUGUAA